AUGUCCAGAAUUAAUAUUUUGAAUUUGUAUAAAACCAUGUUGAAGGAAUCCAAAAAAAUUCCCUCAUAUAAUUUCAGGAAGUAUGCACUUAGAAGAGUUCAUGAUGGAUUCAAAGAAAAUAAAGGAUUGAGAGAUCCAGACAUCAUUAGUGAAAAAAUCACUGAAUGUCAAAGGAAUCUGGAAAUAAUCAAGAGACAAGCUAUAAUUGGUCACCUCUACAAUGCAGAAAAACUGGUCAUAGAACAUUAA